UUUGAUCGUUUUAAUUCGACUCCAAAUACUAUUGACAAAAUAUCUUCGCGAUUGUGUACUCCAUCACCCAGAACUGAGCCUAAAAGUUGUCUUACCCAAUCAAAUGUUGGUAGCAAAAGGAAAAGAUUUGUACAAGUAGGUAUGGCAGACGAACGGAAGAAGAAAAAGGUUAGAGGUGCCGGGAAGUGCGAGAAGCUGUAUAAGAGGAGGAGGGAGGGUCACCUGCCUAUAGAGUGGGAGCGUGGGGAGCCUGUACGUGGACCGUAUGUUUCGGAGUUUUCUGGGCUUAUAGGGUUUGAGGCCCGAUCGAGAGUGCCGAUUACUUAUAAUAAUUGGCAAGAUGUCCCGCAAGACCUGAAGGCCACGGUACUAGACGGGGUUCGGGAUAUAUAUGUGAUACCUCCCAGUGGGGCCUGGCGUGUCAUGACGCGUGAGUUGGCUGCUUCUCAGGCCACCACUUCUAUCGAUAUCGCUGGUUCGUCUACCGAGACGGGUUCUCAACUCGGACGAGAGGACUCUUGGUUGCGAGGUCACACCCCGGGGAGGCACGCAGAAGUUUUGGACCCUGCACUGAUGGAGAUUCAUGAUAGGAUAGUCCAGCUGAAGAAAGAGGUCGCUGCCGGUACCUUUGUGCCAGAUGGGCACAAUGAUGUACUGACUAGAGCUUUAGGGACUACUGAGCACCCGGGGCGGACGAGGGGUGUUGGGUCAUAUUCGGGCUUACGUAAAGUUUUCAAAGGCAACAUGAAGCCUUGUAAGCCCGAAGGUAACUAUAUGACUGAGGAGGAUCUUUUGCAACGUCUUUCUAACCUUUUACAGCAGUAUGGACUAUCUGAGUCUAGGGGUGCUCCAGACUUUACAUCCAUCUCGCAGCACACACCUCCUGUAGCACCUCAUUAUGGGCAGCGUAGUAGCAAGGCGUCUGCAGAUUUUGUUGACUUCACCGAUCUCACUGAUGUUGCUGCUUGUUACUUGAGGAUCUCUAAUCCAGCAGAUUACAUAGUGGCACAUGGAUCGGUUUUCCCACGUGCACCAGAAGAUAUGGUGCACGGUGUUCCCCUCCUUCCCCACCAGGUUAAGGUCUCUUUGACCCUUGUGCUUCCUGGAAUGGGUGAAUAUACCAUUCCCUGUCCGACUGAGCAUAUAGAGACUGUCGCCGAUUGCGAGGGGAGCUUCGUUGCAUGGCCAAAGUCAUUGGUGGGCCUUGGAGACGUAAGAACCCCGGUGCACACGGCUCGACAUGGCGAAUUCUCAUCAAGCAAAUCUCAUCCUAUUCUCGUCGUACGCCCCACUGCUCGUAGCUCUUCUGUACAGGAUUUUGUUGACUGGAACUCAUACGUCUCAUUUGGGCCGAGGUGUAGAGAGUUGUGUCAGUGGCUGACACGCACAUCUGCUUUGCCUACCAUCAGCGUCAUUCUCGAUCCCGAGUCCAUGCUCUAUCCGGAGGAGACGGAGUUGAGGAUGCGUCCGGAGAAUAUACGUCUUGGCGGUUACUUCGGGAACGGCAUAUGCCUCAGCUUAAGGCUCGACCAGAUUGGGUUGAUGUUCCCGGAGUACCCCAACAAGUAGGUUGAAUGUGGUUAUUAUACCAUGCGAUUUUUAUGGCUCAUUGUCACUAUGUAUGCACAAGGUUCUUUACUGUUAUCCGAAGUAUUUCAGUCUACUUUGCCUUAUACUAGAGACGAAUUAGAAGAGGUUAGAGAGUUUUGGGCGGGUGGUUUUCUCGAUGAACUAGUGUAAGUUUGUGUUAUAUUGUAUAGUAUUAAAGUUAUGUUAGUAGA